AUACAUUUUCAAUUACAGAAGCGAUAAAAUAAUCAUUUUUCUCUCGUAUAACUUGAUUUUAUAUUUUUUUUUUCUUUUUUUUUUUUUGUCGAAAUUUUAUAUCACAUCUUCCACACAAAAAAUGACUCUACAUGAGGCUUCAUUAAAACAACCUCUUGGUAUAGUAUGCAAUUGCACUACAUAUGAAGAAAUAGUUAAAAAUUUUAAACCAUAUAAUAUUGGAACAACAAAUCCUAGGAUACCUAAAUUCAAGAUAGAUCCCACUGUUUCGACUCCAGUUUUUUGGAUUAAAGAUAAUAUAAAACGUAACCAAGAAUUUGACAAACCAAUGUUUUAUUGUACUCAAUGUAAAUUUGAUGAAAUUAAUGCAUCUAAUAUAGAAGAAAAAUGGAUACCUGUAUCAUUAGAUCUUAUAUCACCAAAGCAAUUACGUCCCAACUUAAGUUAUCUAUAUACAGCAGGAUUAAAUACUCAAUCUACAGAAUUAUCAACUUUAACUGACAUGCUUCCCCAUAAAGGUAGAGUAAUUAAGCAAAAAGAUUUCAAAUGGGGAAGAGAUUCUUGCUUAAUACCAGUAAAAAUGACUAAUGAGCCAGAAACACACUUUGGUAAAAUAAAAGGAUGUUUUAGCGAAUGGGCAGAAAAUUAUAUUCUUACUAUCGGUUAUCAUCCUUAUUAAUUAUAAAAAAAAAUGCAUAAUCAAUAAAGACUAAUAAUGAGUUUUGUUUACAAUAUCCUCUAUGAUAUUUUAUUUUAUAUUUCUUUAUUAACUUGAACAUUCACUUUCAAAAUUUUAUAUAGGUUAUAAAAUAAAAACGAUAUAUGAUUUUGUUAAGAUAAAAAUAAUUGUCUCGUAUAACAUAAUGAACACGUUUACUUAACAUGUUGGUUAUUACAAAUUUUGUCCCAUAAGAAAACUAAAUUUUAAUAAUAUUGCAAUUUAUAACUGAGAAUUAUUUUUACAUAAAUGAUUUCCAUCUUAUAUUUUGUUUUAGAUUAUGUUACAAUAAAUCUUAUAAAUGUACAUAUGUUAAAAAGUAACACAAUAGAUUUCAAUCACUGUUAAUUAAAAAUCUUACAUAUAUAUAUAUAUAUAUAUAUGUAUAUAUG